AGAUACUUAAGAACUUUAACUCGACCUAGUAGUCUACAAGCUGAUUUAUAUUCAAGUUGGUUUCUGUUAAGAUGCUUGUACUUUUACUUUUGUUUGGCUUCCAGGACUCAGUACAAGCCUGGUUCCUGGAUAUGACGUGUUUGUUUACAAGUGUACGUUGUAACCUAGGGGCGUGGUUAGUUACCUGCCACGAUGACGCCACAGCCCACUUAUAAAACCGGCACUUUUAAUUUUUGCUCUUAAGGUCGUACAGAAACACGCUUGUGCUUCCCAAGUGUCUCUUUCAACGGUUUUGCGGGUCAAACACUAAUUAACCCUGUAACUAUAUGUUUUAACAUUUUAUCAUCGCCUCGGAACAUUCUUUUGCAGAAAUACAACGUAACGCCUUGACUUUUGGGAGACAGGUCUACCUUUAAAAAAAAAAGUCACAUUAGUGACAUCACGUCUGAGAAGAGUCUCCUUAAGAGGCAACUGGCCGACUCACUAACGCUCUUGUGACCGAAAGAGAAGUACCGGUGGGCAGAUAGCUCAGAAGCAACGGGCGGGAGCGGUUUUGUGACCACCUUGCGGAUAUUUCAUUUCGUUCAUCUUUCUUUUGGGAAUUCGCCACUGUUCUGUUGAUUUCGCACCUUACAUGCCAAAGCUGGGGGAACAAAUUGGACCUUUUACUUCCACGCGAAGCUUCGCGGUUCUCGCCACGGUCAUCGGUUAUCGGAUGGACCAGCAUCCCAGCGCCCGGAGCUGCACCAGCCGCGGGGCUUCUUCGUCCUGCGAGGCCGCCCCCGCCGAGCCCUCCAUGAACCUCCACAUCCACUCCACCACCGGCACCCGCUUCGAGCUCUCGCUGCCCCAAGAGGAAACCGUGGACGGGCUGAAGAGGAGGCUCUCGCAGCGGCUCAAAGUACCCAAAGAGAGGCUCGCGUUGCUGCACAAAGAAACCAGACUAAGUUCGGGCAAACUCCAGGAUCUUGGCGUCUCAGAUGGGAGCAAGUUAACACUCGUACCGACCGUCGAAGCAGGAUUAAUGUCUCAAGCAUCAAGACCUGAGCAAUCAGUCAUGCAAGCGUUGGAGAGCUUGACCGAAACUCAGGUCAGCGACUUCCUCUCUGGCCGCUCCCCCCUCACGCUGGCGCUUCGUGUGGGCGAUCACAUGAUGUUCGUCCAGCUCCAGCUGGCAGCACAGCAGACUGGCGGUUCGCAGCUCCAGCACAGGCACCUUAUCACCCGGGGCAACUCGGAUGCCACAGUGGGCCAGCCCACAGGACAGCCUUGUAUCCCUCAACUGCACUCUCAUCUCCCUCAUCAUCCGCACAGCCCCAACUUGCCUCAGCCAGGCCCCUCCACAUCCUCUUCCACGAGCGCCUCAACCUUCCCUCUUCCCCCCACACACCAACAGCCCCUGACCCCCAUGUACCACCAGUCCCCAUCGUCCGUUCCUCACUGCAGCCCGGCCACCCCUGCCCCUCCCGCUCGCUCUCCUCGCACGUCACAUGUCCCCGGGAGUCUCUUCCGGUCUCCUCCCCAUCACCUGCGAGACCACCACCACUACCACCAGCCUUCCUCAGGCCAGGCCAGCCACAACAUGGGCCAGGCCAGCCCUGUAGCCCCUGUUUUGUGCCCUGAGGCCAGCUGCAGCAUCAACAGCCCCAGUAGUGGCACAAGUUCAUCAGCGCGCUCCCGUAAACCUGGCGCCAUCAUUGAGAGCUUUGUGAACCACGCUCCCGGAGUCUUUUCAGGGACCUUUUCAGGCACUUUGCACCCUAACUGCCAGGACAGCAAUGGGCGCCCCAGGCGAGAUAUCGGUACCAUCCUUCAGAUUCUCAACGACCUCCUGAGCGCCACACGCCAUUACCAGGGCAUGCCGCCUUCCCUCACCCAGCUCCGCUACCAAACCCAAUGCGGCACGCCCAGCUCGCCGUCCCCGUCGCCGCCUCCCUCUCCCCCAGUCGUCGGCGCAACGGGACUCUCAGCCAAAGCUACCUCGGUGCCCGCCGGUAACCCCAGCAGCCCUCCGCCGACCCUUCAUCCGCUGGUGCAGUGCCAGAGCCAGAUCCGCAUGUGCAAGCCCCCUGGCGACCGAGUCCGGCAGACAGAGAACCGCGCAACGCGCUGCAAGGUGGAGCGUCUGCAGCUGCUGAUGCAGCAGAAGCGCCUGCGCCGGAAGGCCCGGCGGGACCAGCGGGGCCCCUACCACUGGCUGCCCAACCGCAAGGCGGGCCGCAGCAACAGCAACAGCAGCAUGUCCAGCGAGGGCUCCCUGGACCUGGACUUUGACGACUCCGUGUGGAAGCCCGACGUCAAGGCCGACUUGAAGUCCGAGUUCGUCAUGGCCUGAGAGGAGGAAGGACGCGCCGAGCAAAGUUUGGGGGGAGUUUGUCACUGGCAACUUGAUUGGAAAGGCCCUUCCUUGCAGACUUCGGUCCCAUCAUACUUUGCAGCAACUUGACUUUGUCUGAUGCUUGGAUUUGGACUCAAGAUGAAACCUGGACUUUGAGCAAAGUAGAAUCCCGUGAGUGGUGGUGGUAUUUUAUUUGUUCUUAACGUUUUCAUGUGUGCGUGUGAUAUGGCGCACUCUGGACAGUGACUAAGAGCGCCAAGUGGACUUCCCCAACAGGACACAAGCACCAGAUGCCUCAGUGUUCUCCCCCCCCACACACUCCCCCAAAUGGCAAAGCUGCCGAACUCUUUGGAAUAUUGCGACGGGCAUUCAUCACUGGUCUCCAAACUCACUCGAGCAGUCCGCUUCUGACCUGUUACAGGCUGGUUCAAUGUCUUGUUUUGUCCUUUUUUUUUUUUUUUUUUGACAUACUAUUUUAUAAAGCAGAAAAGAAGAUGUAGCAUUGUUCACAAAGCAUUCAGGUUUUCAUAGAACAGUUGAAAAUGGUGAUUUGCACGGGAUCUUUGAUUUCUUUGAAGUGUGCAGAAAUAAUAUGGAAGUAUUGAUAUCAACCUCAGUGAUCGGAGUGGUAAAAGGAUAAACAGAAAAUGCUUUAGAUGGGGGGAUUUUUAAAAUCUUUACAAAAGCAAAUGAUGACAUUUAAUAAGAAAAAACAAAACAAAUCUAUUUUCUAUUUCUAUUCCUAUCUUGCUGUUUUCCAAAAACAGCGGCCCUUCGUGGCUUUGUGGUUGACUACCAAUAAACAUCCAUUCAGUCCUUCAUUCAUUUUUGUGGUUGAUGGCGUCAAAACAACACGCAACUCGCAACCCAAGUAGACUGUGUACAUAAACGUGGCGAUUGGCAAAGAUUUAUUUGGGUGUAUGUUACUCGUCCCCCAACCCUUCUGUUCUCCCAAGUUUUGGCUUAGGAUUUCCCCAACCCUCACAACCAUAUGGAGUCGUCCUCACAAUUCUGUUUUUAUUGGCAAAGUGUGGGGGGAAAAGUGUGAUCGGUGUGUUACCUAGUGCCUCCACCGGGACAUCCAUGAACAUAUCACAUUUUUGCUGCUACACACUUGACAAAAAAAAUUGCAAAAAAAGUGUCAGGAAGGGUUUUUGUGCAUGCGGAUGACGUGGUGAUGAAAUGGAACAAGAAGAGCAGAGGUGGCGGGCGGUUCACAUGCAUGAAUUUCUGAAUUAAAAAAAAAGUGCUGCUGUUGUUAAGGUUUUUGUAAUUUUUACUUGUGCGUGUUUGGGGGAGAUUAAAAAAAAAGACAUCCUAUGAAAGUAUUAACAACAAACCAGAACAGAUGAAGUUAAGCGUGCCCUCCACUGAACAUUCCUGUUAUGUGACAAUGAAGUUGGAG